AUGACAAGACUUAGCUCACCAUUCGUUAAACAAACGUCAUUUGAGGUGGACUAUGCACCGGCAUUCAUUACUAAAUGGAAAUCACAAAGAACAGGGUUGCAAUUAACAUACAUCAAUCAACCAUCACCAGUAGUGAAUGGAUAUUUUGCAGUUGCCACUGAAAUCAGCGAUGAUUCUGGCUCGCCGCAUACUUUAGAGCAUUUGAUCUUUAUGGGAUCUAAGAAGUACCCUUACAAAGGUUUGUUAGAUACUUUAGGAAAUCGACUCUACUCACAAACCAAUGCAUGGACAGCGACUGAUCAAACGGUGUAUACUUUGACUACCGCAGGAUGGGACGGGUUCAAGACAUUGUUGCCUAUUUACUUGGACCAUUUGUUUAAUCCUACUUUGACUGAUGAAGCGUGUUUGACUGAAGUUUACCAUGUUGAUGGAAAGGGGAAAGAAAAGGGAGUUGUGUUUAGUGAAAUGCAAGGUAUUCAAGGCCAAUCAUGGUUUGAAACUUCUAAUCAUUUGCAGAAAAUCUUGUAUGCACCAGAGCUGGGGUACUCUUCAGAAACAGGUGGUUUGAUGGCUGAAUUACGUCAUUUGACUAACGAGAGGAUCAAGGAGUUUCACAAGUCCAUGUAUAGACCUGAUAAUUUAUGCGUCAUCAUAACUGGAUCAAUUGACCAAGAUGAGCUUUUGCAGAUCAUGACUGAGUUCGAUGCCGAGUUGCUGGAAUUACCAUCUGUGGCUAAUAAGAGGCCAUUUGUUGAUUCAAAACACAAUGAGCCAUUGACGGAAGAUGUUGUCAAAGUGGUUGAGUUUCCUGAAACCGAUGAAUCUACAGGUGAGGUAUUAAUGUCCUGGAUUGGUCCAUUGGGGGAUGAUCCCGUGAUUAAUACUGCUGUUGAUAUGGUUGGAGCUGCAUUCACUGAUAGUGCUAUUUCAUUAUUUAAUAAGCAUCUUGUGGAGAUUGAUAACCCAUAUGCUACUGAUGUAGAGUAUCAUACAGAUGAUUAUUUUAGAACAGCAUUGAAUUUCAUAUGCAACGGCGUGCCAACUGAAAAAUUGCAAGAGUUGGUGACCAAGUUGAAACAAUUGAUCAAAUCACAAACUAAUCCUGAAGAUUUUAACUUAUUAUACAUGAGACAAAUUAUCAAUCAACAACGAUUGAAAUUUAUAUCACAAACUGAAAAGUCUCCCAUUGCAUUUUCAAACAUGGCUAUACUUGAUUUUAUCUAUGGUAAACCCGAUGGUAGUGAUUUACCCAAAUGGACUCGAAAUCUUGAUGAAUAUGAUGAAUUGUUGACCUGGACGUCACAAAACUGGUGCGAUUUGAUUAAAGAGUAUUUUGUAGAUAAUAAGUGUGCGGUUGUGUUGGGAACUCCAUCAAGGAAAUUGAAUGAUGAAGUGAAGAAACAACAACGUGAGUUUAACAAGAGUAUUAAAGCAAAAUUAGGUGUUGAUGGGUUGAAACAGGCCGGAGAGAAGCUAGCUGCUGCUCACAAGUUUAAUGAUCGUCCUAUUCCUGAAGAGUUGCUUGUUGUGUUCGCCAAACCUGAUCCAUCAAAAAUUGCAUUCAUCAAGACAAGUUCAUACAAGGCAGGAUAUAGUAAAGGAAUCAUUAACGUUAACACCAACCAAUAUAUUGAAUCAGGCGAACUCCAUCAAAAGCUAACUCAAGACACGCCAUCUGAUUUCCCCCUUUUCAUGCAUUUUGAAAAUUUCAAAUCGCAAUUUGUCAACAUUCAACUAGUUAUGUCAUCCACCAAGAUAAAACCCCAUUUAUUAAAAUACAUGUCAAUAAUGGAAGAAAUUUUUACCAUGUCAAUAAAAUUUCCUCAGGGGGAGUAUAUGCCUUAUGAACAAGUAGUUGCUGAUUUGAAUCGAGAUUUGAUUGAAUUUCAACUUGAUAAUGGAUUCAAUUAUCAAUUUUUGGAUUUAAUUUCAAUGCUGGUUAAAUGUGAGACUAAAAAUUACGGCACUGCAAUCAAUUGGGUUUAUAACAUUAUUAAUUUUGUUGAAUUUGAAGAAAUGAGGAUUAAGGUUAUUUUGGAAAAAAUAUUGGGUUCGUUACCGGAUAAGAAACGCAAUGGCGAAUUGAUGAUGUAUUCAUCACAAUUUAGAAAUUUAUUCAAUAAUUCAUCAUUGAGAAAACAACAGGAUUCAAUGAAUACGGAAUCGUUUUUCAAGGAAUUGUUGCAAUUGAUUAAUGAUGGCAAGUUUGAUACAAUUAAGCGCGACUUGGAUGAGAUUAAACUGAGUUUGUUUCAGUUGGAUAAUAUUAAAGUGAUUGUAUUGGGUGAUAUAUCUACAUUGGAAACUCCAGUUAGUUUGUGGACAAAAUUCAUCACACAACUGAAGCAGCCAGAAGAAGAGGUUACAUCUUCCAUUGUUCCGUUUAGUCAAUUGCCAAGAUCGUAUCAAUUCAAAUCGGAUUUAGGUACUCGAUGCCAUCAUGAAGCAUUCCUCAUCGAUAUGCGAGCUACUGAAUCAACUCAUCUAGUUUCACUUACAACCAUCCCCACUGAUUACUUGCAUGAAGAUGUACCCCGAAUUGCCCUAGCCAUUGAGUUUCUUUGUGCAGUAGAGGGCCCAUUUUGGCGAUCAAUCAGAGGGUCAGGUUUGGCAUAUGGUGUAUCAAUGAAGCAAAAUAUUGAAACUGGGUAUUUGAGUUUUCAACUUUAUCGAGCUUCAGAUGCCAAACAAGGCUGGAUCGAAGCCAGAGAAUUGGUCAAACGAUAUGCUCAAGGUGAGUUGUCCAUUGAUGCAUUAAGUUUAGAAAAUGCCAUAGCAGCAAUCGUCAAUGAGAUAGCCAAUGCUCAAGAAUCAAGCUAUGAUUCGGCAAGUGCUAAAAUCAGUGAUAAUUUAUUCAAAGCUAGAGGGCCCAAUUAUAUUGAAUUGUACUUGAACCAAUUGAAUCAAUUGGAUGCGAAUGAUGUUGUAUAUGUAUUGAAGAAAUAUUUUGUUCAUUUAUUUGAUGCGAAAUAUUCUGUGGUUUUCACGAGUUUGCCAAUGGAGAAAAUUGAAGAAAUGGGUAAUUUUUUCCAAGGAGAAGGGUACAAUAUCAAUGUGGAGGAAGUUAAUCAUGAUGGGGUUGAUGAAGAGGAAUUUGAGGAGUAUAGUACAGAAGAAGAAGAAGAAGAAGAAGAAGAAGAAGAGAGUGGUGAUGAGGAAAGCGACAAUGAUAAUGAAUAA